CUGGCGUCCCAGUUCCUGAGAGUGACGAAGCAGUACCUCCCUCACGUGGCCCGCCUGUGCCUGAUCAGCACCUUCCUGGAAGAUGGCAUCCGCAUGUGGUUCCAGUGGAGUGAACAGAGGGAUUACAUUGAUGGCACAUGGAACUGUGGCUAUUUCCUGGCCUCCAUCUUUGUGUUCAUAAAUCUCUUCGGACAGCUGAGCGGCUGUAUCCUGGUGCUGAGUAGGAACUUUGUGCAAUAUGCCUGCUUUGGACUGUUUGGAAUUAUAGCAUUACAGACUAUUGCAUACAGCAUUCUAUGGGACCUGAAGUUCUUGAUGAGGAACCUUGCCCUUGGGGGAGGCUUGCUGCUGCUUUUGGCUGAGUCGCGCUCAGAGGGGAAGAGCAUGUUUGCUGGUGUCCCUACCAUGCGGGAAAGCUCUCCUAAGCAGUACAUGCAGCUGGGGGGCCGUGUGCUGCUCGUCCUCAUGUUCAUGACACUGCUACAUUUUGAUAUGAACUUCUUUUCUAUUCUGCAGAACAUUGUGGGCACAGCCCUGAUUAUCUUGGUGGCAAUUGGCUUCAAGACUAAGCUGGCUGCCUUGACUCUAGUCAUCUGGCUGUUUGGCAUCAACAUCUACUUCAAUGCCUUCUGGACCGUCCCAGCCUACAAGCCCAUGCACGACUUCCUCAAAUAUGAUUUCUUCCAGACCAUGUCUGUAAUCGGAGGGCUCCUCCUCGUGGUUGCACUGGGCCCUGGCGGAGUCUCCAUGGAUGAGAAGAAAAAAGAGUGGUAACAGGAAUAGCAACACUUCUUGGGACAUAACGUAUUAAGUCCAGAACUGAUUCUCUAUGGAUUCAACAAAAACUGCCAGCAUUUUACACGUACAUGCCCCCUUCCUAUUAAAGGCACAGAUGUUUUGAAUUUGAUUUACAGUGGCACCAGUAAUACAAUAGAUAAAAUCCUAUUUCUUCAAGGAACGUUGCCUAGGCUUAUUCUAACUUCCUAGAUUUGGAACUAACCCAAGAAACCUGCAUUUUGCUGAUGCUUCAGUGAGGUUGCAGUAGAACAGUUGCUGUCUUUAAUGUCAGCAAUUUUUUAAAAUUUGAAGUACUGUGAGCAGAUACAGCUGUACCAUUCAGUGUGCUGUUGGGUUCUAGCUAUAACUAAAAAAGUGGAUCCCCUUUCUCACUCUCUUCAAAACUGUCUUGUGCAUAAGGAGUUCCAUUGCUGGUUAUAGCAUUGCUUAUCAAGGUGGAAAGCAGCAUCAAAAAAAUCACUGUUGUUUUGCUGCUCAGAGGCCUGUAAUUCCAUUUUGUUUAACAAGAGGGGAGGUCUUUCCUGCCCCCAAAUAGAAGGCAAAAAGAAAACCCUGAAAGUAGUUGUACUCACCUCUAGGUGAGAAAAGGGAGAGGGUUUUCUAAUGUGUCCCAGUUCUGCUCUUGAGGGGAACGAGGGACAAUCCUGUAUUGCUAAUCAGGAAUCCUGUAUGGCUAAUCAGAUUUCAAGGAGGAAGGGGGUGAGAUACUCCUGAAGAGAGAGAUU